ACAAAAUGACGGGCCGAUUCUUUGCCUGUCAACCAUCAAGACUUUCUUUUUCUCUGUCGCAUACGGACACCUGCUGAUCAGAGAACACGAUAUACUACACAUUUCUUUCUAGAAAUAUUACCUCACCUGUCGUUUCCUCUGGCGGCUCUGCUUUGCAUUCAGUUUCUUCAUCGUAUACGAACAACGCGGGGAAGCUCCCUGUGUUAUCGCCGCACACCAACAACAUGGUCGACCGACAAUCGACCAUCCACAGCCUGAAUGGCCUGCUGGUGAAGCUCGACGACCCGGAUCCAGAUAUUCGGUACAUGUCACUGAACGAUGUUCUUGGUAUAUUAACCGGCCCUGGCUCGAUUUUCUUGACAAAUGACACCACGACAUCCGCCAAGGUGGCUGAUGGCCUUCUGAAGGCCUUGGAGGACCAGCACGGAGAGGUUCAAAACCAGGCUCUAAAAUGUCUUGGCCCUUUAGCUGUGCGUCUCCCAGUGGAGAGCCUGUCUUCGCUCUUCGAACGUCUCGCUGUCUUGACUAAUUCGCAAUCUAUCGAUACGUCAGUGCCAAAUACUGCCUUGAGGUUGAUUGUUACGUCGCUUCCAUCUCCUCGGGCAGGUGGCGUAGCAAGCGUCGAGGCAACUGCCGCAUACUCGGCCAUUUCAAAAGUGCUCAUUCCAAGACUGACAGGUCAGACACCGUCGAGAAGCUUGCGGAGAGGAUCGGUAACGAAAGGGAUGUUGGAAAAAGAUGCGUCUAAAGGUUACAGCAGCGAUGCGAUAGAUGUUGUUAUUGAAGUAAUUAGCUGCUUCGGAGCGUUGCUAAAGGAAACUGAAGUGGCAGCCCUUGAGAAAUCAAUCAUGGCUAUCAUCGAAAACGAUACGGCCGGAACGGUGGUGACGAAACGGGCAUUAGCUACCAUUGCAGCCCUCGUUGUACAUUUCUCAGAUACCCAACUAAGUGCUUUUGUGUCUCAAUUGAUUGAGGGUUUCCGUUCAGUGCAUCUGACAGUCAACAAACGCCGCCACCUCAUUGCUACAAUUGGAAGUCUUGCUCGAGCUGCAUCGGCUAAAUUUGGACCCUAUUUGAAGACAUUGGCCCCCUUCGUUCUCGCUGCUGUCAGUGAGCAGGAACUCGAUGAGAUGCAUCAAGAUGACUCCGAUGAUGGGGAACAUGAUCCCCAGGUCGACGAACUCCGUGAAACUGCUCUGGUUACGCUAGAGGGACUGAUGUCGUCAUGUAGUCAGGAAAUGCAGCCAUACCUGGUGGACUCUGUGAAUGCCGCCUUGAGGUAUCUCAAAUACGACCCGAAUGUGGCUUUCGAGGAGGAUGAGGAAAUGGGCGGAACGCAGGAUGAGGGUAGUGAAGAUGAUGCAACCGAAGAUCCAGAUGACGUAGAUGAUGAAUUUGAUGACUUUGAGGAAGAAGGAGGCUACAGCGACAUCGACGAUAUGAGCUGGAAGGUUCGACGUUGUGCGGCAAAAGUCCUUCACACUGUAGUUUCUACAUAUGCUAGUGGUCGAUUGCUGGAGGACGGUCCUUUGUAUCAACAGGUGGCACCCGCAUUGAUUUCACGAUUUGCGCGCGAAAGAGAGGAAAGUGUGAAACUCGAAGUUGUUGGAACACUCACAGCGCUGGUACAGAAGACGAGUGAAGGAAUUACUGUUGCGACUUCCAAUGGCUACACAGAAUCCGUGGGAGGCUCCAAAAACUCUCGAAAACGGAGGCGUCAAGACAGUUUCGCGGGAGUAAUUGACUUUGAGCCCAGCAUGGGUACCUCCUCGGCCAUAAACUCACCCUUUUCUACACCAACACCUCCAGAGUCUGGCCCUCAGGCCGAGUUACUGCGACUGCUUCCAGACCUAAUACAAAGCCUGGUAAAAUUGUGGAAGCGAGCUUCGGUGGCUUUGAAACAAGCUGCAAUCGUUCUAUUGACAAGUCUGGCUUUGGCACGAUAUGGGGGCCUAGAAGACUACCUCCAGAAAAUCGAAGACCCAAUUGCAGAUGCUCUAAAGGCUUCCAGCGCCGGUAGUACCUCCAUCACGGCGGGUACAGCAGUCAGUGCUGGAACUCUUCAGAUUGAAACGCUGGUUUUGAUUGGUGCCAUUGCAGAAACUCAUACAUCAAAUGCUUUAUUACCAUUCCUCAUUGCAUUAAUUCCAGGAGUUAUCACAUCUGUCAAUGACCGUAACUACAAAGUUGCGAGUGAGGCUUUGGGGACUAUUGAGCACAUUAUUAAAGCCUUGACUCCUCCGCGGGUAUCUACUAAUGAGCAGAACAAUCUUGGGCCACAGCUGGAGAAGCUUUACAAUGUGAUUGUAUCGCGUAUAACGGACACCAGCGCUGAUCUUGAGGUACGCCGACGAGCCAUCCACGUAUUUGGUGUCUUGUUGGCCCGCACAUCUGGCGACGUUGGGCGAAGCUUUAUUUCCAGCUCUCAACGUUCUCAAGGUCUGACAGUCUUAGUGGAUCGGCUGAAGAAUGAAACCACACGACUGGCUAGCGCACGUGCUAUUGACGAUAUUGCUGUUCUGGCUAGCAGUGAACAAGAUGUCAAUCCUGAAUGGAUUUCUCAGGUAACCAACGAACUCGGUGCCCAGCUUCGAAAGUCUGAUCGUAGUCUGAGAAGUGCAUCUUUGGAAGCUCUUCGAAGCCUAGCGAUGAAUUCCAACACUCGGGCCCACUACAAUGAGGGAACAAUGCUUGACUUGGAAAACUUCCUUUUGCCACUUAUUACCCCCGAUGACUUCCACUUGCUGGCGCCGGCUCUCAUUAUACUCGCAAAGAUAGUACCACAUCACGCAAAAAGUUUAGUGACAAGCGACCUUAUUUCUGCUCUUUGUUCAGUUGUCGUGGCCCCCUUGGUGGGCACAAGUCUUAAAGCCUUACUUUUACUUGUUAAGGUUAUUGGAGAAGAAGGCGCUGGUGCAGAUCUUAUGAGACGUCUUCUACAAGAUGUUGGAAUAAACGGUGAUCCUUCUGUGGUUGGACGUGCGAUUGGUGCUUUGCUUGUACAUGGAGGGCCAAAUUUGGGAGUGAAGAUGGAAGACUUCCUUACAGAACUACAAACUGCGCAAGAUGAUCAACGCAAAUGUCUUGCUUUGUCUAUCCUUGGUGAAGUGUGCCUUCGCAUGGGAGAUGCUUGUCCCGUCAAGCCGGAUUUAUUCAUUUCAAACUUCAAUUCCAAGUCUGACAAGGUUCGUUUGGCUGCAGCUGUUGCACUUGGUAACGCUGCAGCUAGCAAUGUCAAAAGUUAUAUGCCGGUCAUACUGGAUGGGCUGGAUAAAUCUAGCUCAUCUACAUAUCUCUUACUACACUCAAUCAAGGAACUCCUUCAGCACCCUGAACUUGUACGCAACGAAAUCACGCCCUUUGCGACAAAGUUGUGGCAAAUUCUUCUUUCGGCUUCUGACGAUGAAGAUAGUCGGGUUGUGGGAUCAGAAUGCAUUGGCCGACUUGCUCUUCUAGAUCCUGCGUCUUAUGUCCCACAUUUGCAAGAGUAUCUCACUAAUGAUAAUCCUACUGUCCGUGGCACGGUCAUCUCCGCGUUCCGUUAUACACUUUCCGAUUCUAGCAGCUCUUAUAACGAUGUCUUGCGACCAUUGAUCAUUCCUAUCCUAGUAAGUAUGUUGAGUGAUAAGGACCUAGGAAACCACCGCCUGGCCCUGACUACACUGAAUUCCGCUAUCCAUAAUAAGAUGGAGAUUAUUCAACCUCAUUUGAACGAACUGUUACCAGCUGUUCUUGGCGAUACCCAUAUCAAGCCAGAACUCAUUCGCGAGGUUCAAAUGGGCCCAUUUAAGCACAAGGUUGAUGAUGGUCUUGAUCUUCGCAAGACCGCCUACGAGACACUUUAUGCUUCUCUUGAUUCUGCAUUUAAACGAAUUAACGUUUCCGAGUUGUAUGACCGUAUUUUGGCUGGAGUCGACGACGAGCAAGACAUCAGAACGCUAUGCAACUUGAUGACAGCUAAACUGAUCACCCUGGCCCCCGAGGAUACUCAACGGCAGCUCGAUGCAUUGUCAGACCGUUACGCUGCUAUACUAAACUCGAAGCCAAAGGAGAACGCCGUCAAGCAAGAGCUCGAAAAGGCACAGGAAGCCUCGCUAGGCAUCCUCAAAAUCAGCCGUGAAUUGGACAAGGCCUUCCCAGGAGCGGAGACGGGCGCCGAGCAUGUGAAAUGGAGGUCGUAUGUCGAAUGGAUCCGCAAGACUUUCGCAUCACAACUGCGGAAUUUGGAUGCUGAGGCAUGAGCGUGGAUACGAGUAAAAUGAGUAUAUGGAUAACUAUCGCUUGGGCAGUAGUAGAUGGGAAUUAAAAGUGCCGCCGUUGCCCUACUUUGCAUAGCCUAGAAUUCAAUCGAAUUGUUCGAUCGACCA